AUGGAUGAACUGUGUAAGUUUAUCGAUAAGAACCUAGCAAGGGGUUUCAUCAGGCCAGCCUCCUCCCCUUUUGCGACCCCGGUGCUGUUCCGGAUAAAGAAAGACGUGGGCUUGCGACUGUGUACGGAUUAUCGGGGCUUAAAUGCUGUGUCAUUGACUAAUGCCUACCCCAUGCCCCUCAUCAAGGAUUUACUAGCCGAAGCGGCUAAAGGGAAAGUCUUCUCGAAACUAGACCUCUGUGAUGCAUACUUCCGGGUCCGCAUCCAAGAUCGGGACAAGCACAAGACUGCCUUUAACAUGCCCCUCAGCCAGUUCGAAUACCGCGUAAUGCAGUUCAGUCUUCAGGGGGCUCCGGGGGUCUUCAUGAAUUUGAUUAAUGAAGUUCUGCACAAGCAUUUGUUUAAGGGGGCCCUCGUUUAUCUAGAUGAUAUCACCUCCCGUCACACGUGA